AUGGGGAGGAUUGGCAAGGAAGUGGCCGGUCAGGUCAUCAGCUUCAUUGGCCUGGUUGGAGUGUCGGUGACAUGCGGGAUCCCCAUGUGGAGAGUGACCAACUACAUCGGAGCCAACAUCGUAACAGGCCAGAUAGUGUGGGAUGGUCUGUGGAUGAACUGUGUGACGCAGAGCACUGGGCAGAUGCAAUGCAAACUGAAUGAUUCUGUGAUGAGGCUUUCCACUGAUCUGCAGGCCGCCCGAGCCCUGGUCAUCAUUUCUAUCCUUUUCGGCUUCAUCGGCUUCAUCAUCACCUUCAUUGGAGCCCAGUGCACAGGCUGCCUAGAUAAAGAUUCAUCUAAGGCCAAGGUGGUGAUCGUAGGUGGCUGUCUCAUCAUUGUUGCUGCCAUCCUGGUCCUGAUUCCUGUUUGCUGGUCUGCAGCCACCACCAUCUCAGACUUCAUGAACCCAUUGACCAUCGAGACACAGAGAAGGGAACUUGGGGCCUCCAUUUACAUUGGCUGGGCCUCUGCUGCCAUUCUCCUGAUCGGUGGGAUCAUCUUAACCACUUCCUGCCCUCCUCAAAAACGCAUGUAUGGAUACCCAGGAUACCCACCAGCACCCAUGUACCCUUAUGCGGCACCAGUAAACCCAGCAACCUAUGCUUCUGACCUUCAGGCUGCCAGAGCUCUUGUGGUCAUCGCCAUCAUCCUUUCUGCCUUUGGAGUCCUCCUGGGAAUCGCUGGGGGGAAGUGCACCAACUUUGUGGAGGAGCCACGAGCCAAAGCCCGAGUGGCCAUCGCCUCUGGAAUUGUCUUCAUCUGUGCUGGCGUUAUGAUCCUCAUCCCCGUCUGCUGGUCUGCCAACACCAUCAUCAGGGAUUUCUACAAUCCACUCAUGACCAAUGCUCAGAGGAGGGAGCUGGGGGCUGCACUCUACAUCGGCUGGGGUACCGCUGCAGUGCUCCUCCUGGGUGGUGGUCUCCUCUGCAGCUCCUGCCCACCCAAAGAGAGCCCAGAGUAUCCGAUCAAGUACGCCGGGGCCAGAUCCACAGCCACCAGCCGGGCCUACGUCUGA